UGAAUGUGGGCGAGGCUCAGAAACAGCUGCGAGUCUCUCUUCAGGUUUUUCUGAUUCAACGACAAUUUAGGAUUUAAAAAGCCUUCAAACCCAGGAAACAUAAGAAGAGGAUUAAACGCGUUCUGCCAGGAGAGGAAAGGGGUUUCUUCUCCACUUCCGGUGCAGGAACACAGACGGUGAGUCCAGCUCGUUAUUUCUUUGUCUGGUUUCUGCACUGCUGAGGAGAACAUGUAGAAACACUGAUACAUGUGGGGCUUCUGGUCUCAAAGGAUGUGAGAGAAGAUCACCAGACACACGGAACCACUGAAGGAAAGCAGACGGUGUUUGUGCAGGACGUCUGAAGAUCCACAAAAAGACGCUCGGCUGCAGACAAACAUGUCUCUGUUCUUCUCUGGAGCUGUGACAAGUUCACCGAUUAAACGAAGGCUACGGGGUCACUCCUGUCAGAGCCUGGACGUGUCUCUGCUCUCUCCCGACUCCUCGUACGUUUGUUACUCGUCUCUGGACGGCGACCCGAGCUCCUGCCGCCGCUCGCCUCGCCUGCUCACCAACGGAUACUACAGCGUGACGGAGGACAGCUUCUCCUGGGACGAGAAGGGGAACGUCUCUCUGACUCCCUGCAAGACCAGCGUCUCCUACAAGGAGAACCUCGUCAGGAUUUUCCGGCGGCGGCGGCGGCGUCCUCGAGGCUCUUUGGCUCGCCUGCUGAGCGACGUGACGGAGAGCUGUCAGUCGUGGCUGGACGAAAAGGUCUUUAGAGGCGUCUUCGGUACCGCACAGAACCAGGAACAAGACCUGGACCUGGAUAUGGACCUGGAUCUAGAUCUGGAUCUGGACCAGGCCCGGAGCAGCCGGGACAAGAAGACGUGGUUGAACAGCACCGAGCUGGAGGACAGCCGCAGCUUCAGCUACGACCACACUGAGAUCCCGCCCCCUCCUGACAAAGUGGCCCCGCCCCCUAAGAUUCUCAUCCAAGAGGAGAUUUGCUCUGAGAUCUGUCAAUCAAAGUUUACCCAAUCACUGGGCGGCCUCUCUGAAGUCCCGCCUCCUUCACCCUUCUACACUAAUAGCUGCUGUCCGGCCUCACCUGAGCCCACAGGUUUAACGAUGAAGGCCCUCCUCCUUUUCAUCUUCACCCUCUUCCUCUUCACCGCUCUAUACUCGGGGUGUCUUUUGUGGAGCGCCACCGUCACGUCUACUGUGUUUGUGAUGAUCACAUCAUUUAUGCUCUUGACAAAAUCGUGUCCGCUGGGCGAGUGGAGGAGGGCGAAGACAGAGGACAUCACAUCAAGAAACGAGUAAAGCAGCGUCCGUUCCUCUGCGAUGUGAAACUGGAAGAAAGGUGUAGAAACAUAUUUAACAUUUCACCGUCUGCAUGUUCGAUAGAAGUGACCGUGAGCUCCGGAAAACAUUUCACAGCAAACGCUGAAGCUCUGGCUGAUAAUGAAAACGUUCUGAAAGUAGAACCAAGUAAGAAGUGUCAAGAAAAACUUAAAGUAAAUCGAACGCUUUUUAUACAUUCAACCUUUGAAUCGAAUGCAAAACGUGCGGGCUAUUUGUUACGAUUUUUCCUGAUGGCUUUUUAAAGUUUCCUGCGAUUUAAAAAAUAAAUUGAACAGGAAAUGAGUUUAAAAGACGAAUCCGACGACGCGUUUGGUGCUAUAAAUCUGAAGGAGCUCAUUCACAAGGUGACACAAGUUAUUGUAGUUUAGCUUUAAAAUAUAUAUUGAAUAUAAAAAAACAACCUGAUGUAUUUUUGAAAUACUGUAAGUGUAUCUAUCAUUGAUGACAGGUGAGCUUGGCUGUUUGAGAUGUCCAAAGUGAACACAUUCAGGUGAAGCCUCACUUCUUUUCAAAAUAUUUUUUAUUAAAGAAAAACAAAAAAUCUGAAAAUCUACCUGGAAGAAAAAGUGCUUUUUGUUAGUUUCAUUCCAAAAUCAAGAGAUACACAUUCAAAGCAUUGCUCCUUUUACAUCAAAGCUCAGAUUCCAUUUUGAAUUUCUGAUUUCCUAGAAAGAUUUCUGACAAAGAAAGUGGUUUGCUGCAAUAUAUAUGUAUUUAUUCAGUACCCUCCCCGAGAGCUAUUCUGCACGUAUAUGCAGUGUUCUGGAGGAGUGACGUCAGAUAGCCAGGUAACCUAUCUGCUGAAGCACAGGGUCUACUAGCUUUACAGACAGCCCCUAAGCCCCCUGCUACACUGCAACGCCCAGCCCAUGUUAUAUGUAGACGUUGUCAGAAGCCAGGCCAGGGAGAGCGUUAAUGCUGAGGUUGAGGGGCAGCAGUUGAGGGCCCCAUUGUCCACCACAGCAACCUCUGUGGCACAGGAGCGGGAAACAGGUUAUAAAAUGCAGCAUGAUAAAGAUAUGUUUAGUUUGUUUACAUCUACAGAUUCAUUCGUACUGAUUGUUAAAACUAAUCGAAAGUAAACUUGAUUGAAACCGUCAGAGGAUUAAAUAAAUCCACUUAUUUGUGCAGCUUUAACAGUUAUGGCACGUCCACACGGCAGCGUCGCGUGCUUCAACGGAGACGCUUCCCAUUCACUUUGAAUGGGGGGACGUCACGCGUUGCCGAACUGCAUUGUGGUUCCGUCGCUUUGCCUCCGUCGCUCGCUUCGAAAGUUCAACUUUUCAAGCGUCGACGGAAGUGCCAGCCAAUCGAAUCAUAUGCCAGAACAAGCUCUAGCCAAUCAAACCGCGUGCUUGUAUGUCCGGGGAGGGAGAUUAAUGUGAUUGGUUGUUGGUCGUGCACCAGACACGCCCACCGGCAAGCUUCAACGCGACGGAACCGUGUGGACGUACCGUAAAAGACCUCUGUAUUUUAAAUAUGAAAUAAUCAAGUUUUGGUGUGAAACUCUAAUGCUGAUAAGUGCCUUUUAAUAUCAGCCAGCAGUGCAGACAGAAACUAUUACAGGGAAGGUUUAAAGAGGCCUUAUUCUGCUCAUAGUAGUAUUUAGUGCCUCUACUGUGACUCUCUGUUGUGAUUGGUCAACAGCUUUGAGAUGUCCCGCCCCUUAACCUAUCACGUACAAUGUGUUGGAGAGCCAAUAGGAGUGCAAGUAUUCCAUAGUGAUGUCACUUUGUUCCGGAAGUAAACAAACAAGUCAAAUGGAGGAUUUUGUUCUAUAGGGAACACAGGGAUUUUCGCCUUUGCAGACCGUUUACAUGCACUAAAACCUAUAGGACACUCUGUGAGAGGUGGGAAGGAAACCCCAAAAAGCAGAGUAGGACCCCUUUAAAGCUACAUAGCUGCUAAAAACAUGAAACAGUGUUAAAAUAAAGAUGAAUUGUUUGAUUUAUCCUGCACGGUGGGGUCUAAGGACAGUUUUAAGAUCUCAAAACAAAAAAUAUGUUGUAAAUGUAACAAAUAAUAGUUGGGAUGAAAACAAAUACUCAAGUAAAGUACCUCAAAAUCAUACUGAAGUACAGCACUUGAGUAAAUGUACAUUCCACCACUGGCCAUGUUGAAUACAUUUACAAAUAAUCACGUGGUCUCGCUCUGGAGGAAAACAAGAAUAGGUGUGUUCAUCGGGAAAAGAAGUGCGGCUAUUAAAUGUAAAGAAAAACAAAGUACGGUAGCUUUAUAAGGUUUCGACUUUAUAAAGCUUAUUUUUAUUCAAUUUUAAAUCAUGUUUGGACCUCAAAGUAUGCCAAGAGUUUGUGUUUCGAAGAAUCUAAAUGUUCAAAAUGUCUUUGAAUGAAUUGAAAACAUUUGAUAUGUAGUUUUAACAGUCUGAUAAUCAAGUCAAAUAGGAGUUACUGGAUUGUUAAUAUCGUUGCAUUUUACGUUCUGUUACACAAAGGUAUUCAUAUUUAGGACUACAGUUGAUAAUGCUGGUGUGACUGGUUGUUUAAUGGUCUUUUUAUUCAGUGUAAAUCUAGAAUAAUGUGUGUUUUAUUAACGCAAAGUGCCAAAUGUGUAGAAAUACGACGAGUGGGUAAAUCAAAUUAACAAAAAUCAAUCUUUAUUAGUGAUAUUUGUGAUACUGCUCUGCGUUGUUUGGCAUUUAAAGCUGCAAUUAUGAAUGUGUUAUUAGAAUGCACUGUGUAAUGACCCCCAGCUGCUUAAAGAAUAUUUUAAGCGACCUUUAUAGGGGGUUCAUUGUUGAUAAUAUGAGCUGGAAGUGUUUUUAGGAGGUGGUGGAGCCCAAACACGAGCGAAAAUUGGACUUAAAUUCAUCAUAUGGAGACAAAAGUCGCUCGGAAAUAAUGUAAUAUGCGAUGCUUGCUCAGCUUCCCUCUGGUGGUUGGAAGCAUUUUGACGCAGCUUUAAAUGACCAAUUUUAAAUGUGUUUUUUAUAUAAUAGACUUUUACGAUGUGGUGUCAAAUAUUGAAUAUACUGCAAAAGCCUUUCUGUGACAGAAACUCAUUUUAAUAUGAAUUUUCUGGAUGAAUCAAACCUUGAGAUAAGCUCUGAUGUGUGACAUCUAUUGUUCAUUGUGUUAUAAAUAUAUAUACAUAUAUCAAUGUUUCUUUCCAUUGACUGCACUUUUUUCCAAAGGUGGAAAUGUUAUAUUCUGCUUGUGAAGAAACUUAUUAUAUCUGUUUUAUUUCAUUGUUUGAAUGUUAUACAAGUCAGAAAACUGUGAAAACAACUUUAAACGAGGCACAAACUAGAUAUUACAUUAAAAUAAAGGCAUUUAAGUGAUGAAUUUGUUACCAAUAUGCCUUCCUUCAGUGUUUUACUGCAUUAAAAUCAGUAAAUACUCUAAAGUGAUUUCUAUGAGUAGUAGUGGCCCUUGUCGGCCUGUUGAUGGCGCUGCGUUUAAAGGUCUCAUUUUCACAGUAUUUUGCAAAUUGUCAGAUAUUUACCAGUUAAGCUGGAAAUGUUCUAUUUUAUGUGAAUUUAAAUGAUGUUUACCAUCCAUUUAAUCCUGUUACAAAUAAAUAAAUACAGCGUAAAGACAGA